AUGACUGUGCGGGCUCGGGUGUGGAGGGGGCUGCUGGCAUUUUGGCGAUUCUGUGGGGAACUCCUUAGCCAGAAGCACGGGGUUGUUGAGUCUAUAGGUGAUGGCUUUGCUUGGUGGGGCGGCCUCUGUUUCCGUCAUCCGUUAAAGAUAAUUUGCGGAUCUUUAGUCGCAUGCCUCGUUCUUUCAUCGGGGCUGCUUCCGCCUACCCCCAUUUGGAUCGAUGGCGCCGAGCGGCUCUAUACACUGCCUUUCUCUCGAGCUAGAGACGAUGGAGUGUUACAUGAGAACCUGUUUGGCGAUGUCCACGGAAGGAAAAGUGUGGUGAUCCUUACGCACAAAGUGAAAGGCACAAACAUUCUCACGUGGCAGCACCUGGAGGAGGUGCGGCGCAUUGACGCCAUCAUUCAAGGCAAAGACACCGACCCUGAGAUGGGGAGAAAGCUGGUCAUCCCGCGUUCUCCUGACGUCAUCUCUAACGUCAGCAAGAACAGUCAAGAGGGUUCGGAGCCACUGGCCCCGGGGCAGCACAGCGUGACAGAUGAAUCCGCUUUCCUCACUUUUGAAGACGUCUGCCUGCGAAACGCCCUGGGCGGCUGUUCUGCUGAAUCCAUCCUUUCCUUCGGCUUAGCAGACUACAAAGCAGCGGGGCUAGUGCAGGGCGAGCCGGAGGUGUGGCUCUUCGGGGGCACAGCUUUCAAUGUGCAGCAGGUCGCGUUUAUCCCAGAGUACUAUUUAGGAGGAUUCACAAAGGAGGCGUGCGAGAGGCGAAUGCCACGAGCAGUGGCUGAGAGGCUGCUGCCUCCCUCAGCCAUUAAAGAACUCCCUACUCCUGAAGACGCAUUUGUUCUUGGGUCUAUUGAGUGCAUCACCUCUGCUAGCGCGUUAAUGUUACACUAUGACGCCGACGGGCGACCCAUGCAUGAAGAGAGAAACGCCACGUGGGAGCGGCUGCUCAUUCAGGUCCUCAAGGCGAACCAGACUCUGGGGAGUCUUCGGGCGCAUUUCCAGGCGUUUCGGUCUCGAGACGACGAGCUGAAAGCUUCUACUGCGGAGUCUAAGGAUGUAGUUUACGUGGUCUUCACCUUCUUUCUCCUCGCUAGUUACUCCACAGCCCUCAACUUCUCAUGCGACCUCUACCGCUCCAAGCUGUUCAGCUCGCUAAUGGGGUUCUUUGCUGCAUUCAUGGGGCUCGGAGCCGGAAUGGGGAUUGUGUGCUACAUGAAGGUGGCUAUGGUGCCUACUGUGCUUAUCUGUCCUUUUUUAGUGCUUGGUAUCGGCGUGGAUGAUGUGUUUGUGUUGCUGAAUGCAUAUUGCAUGGGAUACACCACACAUGAUCCAGAACAACGGUGCAUUGACACCCUCAAGUCGUCGGGUUUAGGCAUCACGAUCACUACUCUUACAAAUCUUAUCUCUUUUGGUGUAGGCUCCUUCAGCACAUACCUUUCGAUUCGGAACUUCUGCGUGUACAGUGCAAUGGCACUGCUGCUGGGCUACAUCUUUGUUUUGACCUUCUUCUUUCCCGUCCUCUGCCUCGAUGCAAAGCGAGAGUUCUACUUCCGAAUAUCCCCUUUCUGUCUCCCAACCACAUCGCAGCUCCACCAGAAACUGGAAGAAGAAAAACAACAUAUGGGCCCCGCUGAACUGCACGUGCACAACGUGUUAAAGUCAGUUUCGCAGGAGGAAAUCGUCGCCUACCGAGUAAAUGUCUUCUUUGAAGAACAGGAACUGCGAAAACGAAUGAGAAAAGAAGAACGCGAACGGAGGAAGCUAGAGGGUCAACACCCAGAAGCGUCUGCAGCACAGAAGCCCAUCUAUUCCCGAGUUGCCGCCUCCAUUCAGAGGUUCUUCACAUACGCAGCCUCCCAGCACUUAGGUGUGAAGCAUAAGGGCUCAGAGGUAGUUCUGAAGACAACUGUCCGAGGCCUGAACCCACAGCUGGCGAGGCAUGCACUCUACGACGAGCCUCGGGGGUCGGUAGGGCGUCGAUGGAGGACAUUUUUCCUGUGUUACUAUGGGCCAUUCUUGAUGAAGAAGCCUGUUAAGAUUGCAGUGCUGGUGAUUUUCCUCACUAUUGCUGCCGUUAGCAUUUUCGGUUUUUCUAAGCUGGAGUUGGGUCUUGAAAUAUCUGAACUUGCUCCUGUGACGUCGUACAUGAGGCGUUUCGACGAGGUGUACGCGGAGUAUUUCAACAAAUUCGACCAGCCAACGGAUAUAUUCUUUCUGCCCACUCCUCCUUCUGCUUCUGAACAGACACCGCAAGAUCGGGCUGUUGAUGUAGAUUUGUUGAACCCGGAUGAGUUCCUUGCCAGGGGGUACAACAAUGCAGAGACGCACGAGCAAAAGCAGCAGCAACCCCAAACGCCGCAGUGGUGGAAACCCGAAAUUUUCCUGGACACUCUGUACUACCAGCUUAUGCAGGCGGGAUCUCCCUAUCGUCAGUUUGCUCUUGACUUUGUGUGGAGUGGAUCUGAGUUGAAGACAUACCGCAUGCGCUUGCUACCAAAGUACAUGGCUCGAUCGGAGCAGAGGGCCUUCUGGAUGCAACAGCUUAGACACGACUGUGAUGCAAUGAUAGAUCCGAAGGCACAGUUAGACAGCAUGCUAAAGGAGAUGGAACAGCAAGAACUCUCAAACGACCCAGACGUCCUCUACGAGCAACUGCAAAUGCAGCGAGAUCUCGAAAUGUUGAAAAAUGUACCCAUUGCGCCCCUCAAGAUUGCGUCCUAUACCUACAUGAUGGUGUUCUAUGAGAGUGAUCUGGGCAUCCUUAGCUCCGUCCUCAUCAACAUGUUGUCUGCAGGGGUGGCAAUGUUGCUGGUGGCAUUUAUUCUUAUUCCAGAGCUCAGCGCAGGUCUUCUUGUGAUUCUGAUGAUUUGCCUCAUCGACUUGGCGCUCUUCGGCUUCAUGUAUUUCUGGCACGUGAAGCUACACAUGGUGUCGACGAUUGCGCUGGUCAUUUCAAUUGGAUUUGCAGUGGACUACUCAGCUCACAUGUGUCACUGCUUCACCCACUGUCUAGGGAAGACUCGCGACCAAAGGCACGUCAACACUGCGACACCCCAGCAGCAUUCUAAAAAUUUUUUUUCAUAUUCGCCAGCAACAUAG